CUUACCUGGUGUGUGACUAAAUAAAAAGAGGAAGGAUUGGAGUCUACAGCACAAAGCGGUGAAGAUAGGUGUGCAUCAAGGAUUUGGCUGGAUUCCUGUUAUAAUUAAGAAAGAUGAAUCGACUUGUGGUUAUAAUUUCGAUUUGCUUUGUUCCAACUGCUUACAGUAGUGAAGCCGAUUGGUGUUACAAUGAUCCUACUUGUGAUGAUACCACUUGGCCCGCAAAUUUUACACAUUUUUGCAACGGAUCUCGACAGUCUCCCAUCAACAUUGUCUCUGCAAAAGCAAUUGGAAAUGUAAACCUGACUUCCUUCAAUUUCACCAAAUACAAAGACAACUCUACGAUUAAUAGUUUAAACAACACUGGCGAAACCGUGUUAGUGCAGCUGAACAGUGGUGUCCAGAUUUCUGGUGGGGGUCUGUCUGAGAUAUACGACAGCAUGCAAUUUCACCUGCACUGGGGCAAUGGUACCUCAGUACCUGGGUCCGAGCACACAGUAGAUGGAACUCGAUACCCCAUGGAGAUGCAUAUAGUAAAUACCAAGGCUAAGUACAACCGUAACAUCACUGCGGCCUCGGCAGACAGCACAGGAAUAGCUGCUCUGGGCUUUUUCAUUGAGGCUAUGCCAGGUAAUACCACUGGGUCACCAGCAGCCUGGAAAGCUCUUACAUCCUACUUGGACAACAUCACUCUAAAAGCCAACAGUGUGAACAUUACUUCUGGUUUUUCAUUGGAUGACCUCCUGAAGGGGGUGAAUCGUACAAAAUACUAUCGUUACCUUGGCUCCUUGACCACUCCAAAUUGUAGCGAAGCUGUGGUUUGGACUGUGUUCAAGGAAACUAUCAAAGUUAGCAAGGACUUGAUCAAUCUAUUCAGCACAAGACUACACAUUGAACAUAACGCCACCUCUGCCUUGAUGACCAACGUCUACAGAAAAACCCAGGCUUCCAAUGGGCGGAUUGUGACCACCCAAGCCACAGUGUCAGGAGUGUCCAAAACAAGUUUCUCACUUGGCCUCAUGGCCUGGAUGCUGCUGAUGCUUUACUGCUGAUGAGACACCCCACUUGAUGUCCACAUAGAUUUCUCCAUUAAACUGGUGUUAUACUAUGACAUGACAAUUAGUGGUUUACCUGAAUGUGGGUCUCAUUGUACCUGAGCACCAUUGAACAUGAAGUUUUUAUUCAGCUGAGGAUACCAAUGUUUUAUCCAUGGUGCCCAUUUGACAUUUUUUAGCGUUCUUCCCUCUACUACUUUAUUUAUUACUAGUUCAUUGUAUUUGAGUGUGCCUAAUUUACUGUAUAUGUGCUUGUAGUUGACCCCCCCCAAACAGCUUUUUUAAUGUUUUGUUACAGUGAAAAUUUCUCACCAUAUAAUGCUGUGUCAUACUUGCUAUUAACUACAAUGAAAUAUGAAAUCAUGUUCAGAUCUAAAAAUCUCAAAGACAAUAAAUAAAUCAACUAAUAUUGAA